UUAUCUAGGAAAUUUCCGAUAUCAGUGAAAAGAGCAAAAUCUAAACGAUUAAAAGUGAAAUGUGUUUUAAACAAAAAUUAUUUUUGUAGCUAUUGGUACACCUUUAACAAAUUAUGAAAUUAUGAAAAAUACUGAGCGGAAGCAAUGUUAAAACUACCAGCAAUUAAGUCUUCGAGAGGUGUUAUUGCUCAUAAAGUAGAAGAGACAAUUUCGCAUCAAAAAAUUGACGAAAAAAAAACAGUUUUGCAAACUGGUGACGCAGACGUCAAAGACAAAGUGCAGGAAAAAUGCAAAGCUGGAGAUAAUAAUGAUUCUGCAAGAACGCAUGCGCAGAAAGUUAAACCAACCAACAAAUUAUAUUUAAAAACAUGUGAGAUCUUUCGUUCAGUACCUUUACAUCAAGUAUCAAUAUGUCUGCAGUAUAAGAAACCAUUCAUAAAUUUGAGGCAUAUGCACAUAUCAACAGCGGACUUCAAAGCAUUGUUUUUUUGCUUACGUAGCAAUAAUCACGUGACAAAAAUUAAUCUUAAAGAUACAAAUUUAAAUCGCGACGUUUUUGCUGAUUUACAAAUGUUGUUGAAGAAAAACUCAUCUAUCACAAACUUGAACUUAUCAUACAAUAAUUUCAGUGGAUUGGGAGCUAAACUACUGGUCAACGUAUUAAAAAGCUCGGCGGCUUUAACAUCUUUAAAACUUCGAUCAACAUCUCUACGUGAUGCAGAUGCACUCUAUUUAUGUCGCGGUAUAGAUAAAAGCGAACAUUUAAGAAGACUGGACUUGAGUCACAACUCAUUUUGCGAACAAGGGGGUAAAGUGCUAGCAAAAAUGAUAUUAACAAACAAAGGCCUAGAACACUUAGAUUUGAGUUGGAAUCAUAUUCGACUUUCCGGUGCAUGCGCCUUGGCAAAAUCACUUAAAAACAAUAAUUGUUUGCAAAAAAUUUCGCUUGCGUUUAACGGGUUUGGCGAUGCUGGGGCUAAGUCGUUAAGCUGUUCAUUGGUGCGUAACAAAACAUUAUGUUCUCUGAACGUUAGAGACAAUAGGAUCACAAACGAGGGCGCUUACUACAUUGCUGUUGGUUUGUCUCAAAACAAAGCCUUAAAGGUUCUCGAUAUCAGUUCAAACCUGAUUACCUCGAGUGGAGUCCAGUCGCUUUUGACGGGCGUAAUUAAAGGUAAUACCUUGAAUGAACUUUACUUGCAUAAUACAUCUCCUGACAAAACGUGCGAGAAAGCAAUCCAGAUUUUGCGUCAGCGAAACCCAGAGUUUCGCAUAGAGCAUGGAAUGAUGUGUACGUCCGAGCAUGAGAAUGAAAUAAAUGAAGACUAUAUCAUAAGGCUUGAAGUACUUGAACUUAUACGGCAGUACAUGGUAAAAGAACGAUUACGCAUGUUAGAUUUAUUUAAAAUCUGGGACAAGCAGAAAGAUGGGAAAAUAACGAGUGAUGAAUUAAUAGCAGGUCUUAAUGAUGCAGGUAUCCCAGUAACAAAAGAUAUUCUGGAAAAAACAUUUCGGAAAUUGGAUUCCGACCAAGACGGGUUUAUUGAUUUUGCAGAAUUCAACGCUCUAUCAUAUUUGAAAUAAAAAAAUGUCGGAAAUUAUUUAUUGUAAGGUCUAUAUAAAGUAAAAUGGCUACUCGUAAAUUGAAAAAUAUUAACUGCACUGCACAAAAUGGAUUAUUUCAAUUUUACAUCUCACUUUUUUAAGUGCAGUCAGCAUUUUCUAGCCUCGAAACGUGUGGUUUAAAAAAUAAUUUUAUGUUAAAGAAACUCUAAAAAUAAUCAUUUUUUAGAUUCUACACUGACAUCCCAGUAACUAAUUUUUUUCAACAUUGUAAGGGCGGGGCUGAUUUAUUGAAGACGGGUGUUUAUUUGGGCUUAUUUGGUGUUUAUUUGGGCGUUUACUAUUUUUUUUCAAAAUUGGAAGGGGAAGAGUUUAUUAGACAUUACAUUAGCAAGUCGAGAAAAUAACAAAUGCGCAAUUUAUUGUUUACAAAUAAUGAAUUCUCAUCAUUUUUACUGUUUUCUUCUGCGGAGCAAAUAUCAGUUUAUUUGGAUAACAUGACGUGAUUAUACUUCCAGGAUUGUAACGGGAGACGCAUGAGUAAUACCAAUCCGAAAGGUGUAAGCACGACUUUAGCUACUAACUCCAUAGCGAUUUGCUUACUUUUUUUGAGGCAGCCACAGGUUUUUUUGAGCUUCUAAACUUAGCUGAGGAUUGUUGUUUUUUAAUACCAUUUUUCCGCUUUGCAUGUUCAUUUGUGUUCUACCUAAACUAUACGAUCAAAUUUACGAAUGGCGAUGAAAAGUUCAGUGUUCAGAAAUAAUUCGUUUCUUCGUAAUUCUGCACAUUACAUUCUUUGUAUUAUAUUUAUAAGAAAAUUUAGACUAAGUGCUAUGUUCUUAAUUUUUAGAUGAAAUCUCUCGUGUAAACCCUUUUUUAUUAACACACAUAAAAUGUUGGCUGAGGCCAAAUGUUGUUAAGACCACCCGCGCAUUACGAAGUCCGAUUUAAAAAAAAACGUUUACUGUUAUGAAUAUUUUGUUGUUCCGGAUUAAAAAAUGUAAUAAUUUUUUCACAUAGCAAAACUUAGCAUCCAUUAACAAAUUGAAAAUUCGUUUCAAAUGAAUGAAUUGAGUGAAUGUCUUUUCUGUAUAAUUCAACUACCUGAAUGAUAACACUUCACCGUUGCGCUCAAUUAUUAGCGAAGAAGUUACAACAAAUAUUGAAUACAUUUUUUUCAAAUAUAACGCUAACGGAAAUAUAUGUAGCAUGCAUAUUUUAUCACCACAAAUAUACAGAUAAGUUAUUUAUUACUUUUAACAAUCAAAAGAGCCUCAAACAUAAUCGAAAACAAGCUGAAUAAAAAUCCUCUAAGUUGGAGCUCAAAAUUUAAUUUAUUUUACCUCGCAGCGUUAUCACUUUGAAUGCGAAUUCGAACGCAGCUAGAAUAAAAAUUGUAAAGUUGAAUUUAAAAACAAAUUUUAAUAAGCACUUCUAUGCAGAAGAAAUCUCUUAAAGCUGAAAAAGAAAGCGAAAUAACUGCGUUUUAAAAAAACUUGUGGUACUGGAGGUUACGUGGCUGUAUCUUCGAAAAUUUUUGAAAAAUGGACGUCCGCGUGUGUACAGACUGCAAACCGUUUGCGUUCAAUGACAUCCCUGCUACAGUUUACAAGCCGCAUCCUAAGUUUAAACUUUUCGAUAAUGAAACUUUACAGAUUAGUAUUAUUAUUCCGAAAGAAUCGCUUAAAGAAUUUCUCCUUAUUAGCGUUUGUUUUAUUGUUUGGCUUUCAUUGAUUUUAAAAAUUUAUUCCAAGGCUGUGCAAAGUAACAUCCGAAUCCGAAAAUGUUUUCAUGCGACUUUAACUGUGGUGAAUUUAAUAUGGAUCGUAGCAUGUUUGUUAUUGUUGACCCAAAGUGUCGUCAGUGUUAUCGGUCAGCGAAUUAAUCCGGAUAGUAUCCUGGCCUUAUUUCCAUGGUAUAUUGCAGCCAUUAUUUCUUGUUGUCUUAUCGAGUUAUUUGAAACAUGCGUUACGAAAAAAAGCCCAAGUCAGCAAUCUUUGUUUUUACAGCCAUACCAUCAUCAAAAAAUGGAAGAAGAUAAAAUUAAACUUUUUGAUGGUUAUGGGGUGCAUCAUAUAUGAAAAAUGUGUGGGAAGUUUGUAUUCAUCUUUUUUUAAACAUUUUUAUCUUGUUGUUUUUUUAGUCUUUCUACAACUUAUGUAUCCUAUUGCUGUUUGAAACAUAAUUUUAUAAAUCUUAUUUUAUAUUUUCAUAAUAAAAACGAUGCUGAAAAACUACUACGGUGAUAAAAAGUUAGGCAGAAUUUAUGCUCAAAAUCCAGACUGUUCUGCUGUUGUCUGUCUUAAAGCUCA